AUGGAUAUAAGAGCUGUUCUCUCUGCUCAUCGUAAUCAUUUAAUUUUACAAUUCUCUCUCAGUCAUUUUAGAUUCUCAUUAGAUUGUAAUACAUUAUUAGUAUGGGGUUUUUCCCAACCUAUACGGCUCCGACAUAUUAAGAAAGUUUUCUAUCUUUCUGUCUGUAGAAAUUUAUUCUGUUUUGUAAUAUCAGGUGACCCCAGCGCACGCACAAGUGUUGAGCAUGCGUACUUAGGAAAACAUGUGAGAGCGCUUAUUUUGUUGACUUUCAUAGACAAUGUGAAGAAACGAAGAUAUCUCAAAAUUAGAAUACAAAAUAGAAUUGAUUUUGCAAAAACCUGAUCGAGUACAUGUGAAAUGUCACGUACGUUUAGUCAACUCUUUUGUUUUCCUCUUCUGUUUAUCUCCUGAAUGUUCUACAAUAAAAAGGAGAAAAGCUAAAAAAGGGUUCAAUCUCGUGCUUAUUAGUUGACAAAAAGCAUUUUUAAGCACAGAUUUCUAUCUAAAAAAAGGAUGGUAGCUUAGCGCUGCACUUACUGCCUGGCCUCGUCUCCACUGAGGGUCUUUUCGUGUCGCAAUAUGGCCGCAGGAGAGAAGAGAAGAGUUCUCUUCUUUUGGUUUGCCGCCAAUAAAUUGGAAAAACGAGAGUAGACCCUGGGGACGAGGUUGCUUAACGACCGUCUCAUCGUGUCUUUUUAUCCUAUCUUGAUAAUAGCUGAUGGGUUUUACGAAACAAAAAGGUUCUGCGACAAGGUGGGUACCUUCAUCCCACUCCGGUGAUUUUUGCUUUUUUCUUUUUCCUUUUUCUUUUGGGGUUUCUACUAUGAAUUUAAAAAGCAAUGAAGUAUUUAAUUUCAUGCCAAGUAAAUCACUUGAUAUGCCACUAUUAUAAAGUCACAAACAUCCCGGACCACUCAAAUAAUGGGUAUAGUAAGCGUCGCCGACGACAAAGUGCCGCACUUUCCCAGCAACAAUGUGUCAUAUUAUUAUUUUUUUUUUGACAUUGUUAAUGCUGAUAUGGUUGAUUGGAAGCAGACAUGUAUUGUGAAAACAAACUUUAUUUGUUACGUUCUUAUGCUUUUCAAGUUCUUGUUUUUGGACAAAAUAAGGAAAUAUAUAGGUAAGUAACGUCGUAGUUUUUCCGGAAAACUGUUUCAAAAUUUCACUCCAUGAAAAGGGGGAUUAAAGGCUUGUGUUGUAGACGCACCCAUCUCGUGGGUCUUCUCCGAAACCUGUUUCCAUUGUUUAUGAUCGCAGGUUUAACAGAACAAAAUUAGGGAUGUUCGACUCAAACUUUUUUAAAAAUAUGAAAGUAGUGAAUGUAGCGUACCUUGAUCAGUCAUCUUUUUUUUCACCUUUUUCUUUUCUGUUCUGUUCCUGAAGGUUCUUCUGUCAUAAAAUUAAAGGAAAAAAAAGGACCCUUGAUAUUGAGUAUCACAAGACAAAAUAAAGUCUUGUUCUUUUAAAAAGGUAUGACAAUAUAAUAUAUAAAGAGAGUGUUGUGGGUACCUUCUUCCUUCUCCAGUUCUUUCUCCCUUUUUCUUUUCUUUUGUUCUCGCAAAGGUUCUUCAAUGAAAAGAACAAAGAAUAGGAAGCAUUCAAUCACUGGAACAGCUUUUUCACUGUGUUUAUCACUCAAAAAUAACUCCCCAUUAUCGUUAAAAAAUUGAUAGUCAACGUCUACCAAAUUAAGAACAUGCAUCCUUUGCAUUUGAUUAUGAUGCUAAGUAUAGUGGCCCUUCCGCCACACCAGUCUACUGUAGAGUACCGCCAGUAAUCCCCAACCGCAGAUGAUCCCCGAACGCAAAUGAUGCCAAUUGUCGCCGGCAAAUGAACCUACCGUAAAUGCUCGAAUUAGCGCCCAGCUUCAAAUAAGCGCCCCAAUUCGAAUUAGCGCCCUCCUAAGGCUCAAAAUUUUUAAUAAGCGCCCCCCCCCCCCGAGAAAAAAAUGAGUUUCGGUACUCGGUACGAUAUACGAGACGUUUACGGUCUCUGAUGUCCUUUCAAAGUCGCACUGGUUUGCUUCCCAUUUCCUUGAUAGAAAUAUCCAUGUGAGCACAUAGCUGCUUCUCUUUAUUAAGUUCCUCGUAAAACUUUGCUCCCAAUUGCCGGCUCCUUGUUACUGCCUUAAAAGUUCCUGGAAUUACGAGGCAAUUUUCGGUAAAGAUAGUGUCAUUUUGAGGCUAAAAAUUGAUAAACGAAAUAAGCGCCCCCCCUUCGAAUUAGCGCCCCGCUCUCGCCUUAGAAAAUUAAAUAAGCGCCCCGGGCGCUAAUUCGAGCAUUUACGGUAAUUGUCGCCCGCAAAUAAUCCCGUGAAAAGUAGGGGAAUGAAAUAGAUGUUAGGCAUUGAUGGUAAAUAUGCUGAGAACUCGAAAAAAAGGGGAAACAAUGAAAUGAAUAAAACGAAAAUAACCAAACUGUUUCUUUUGGCAAUUGUUUCUCCUUCCUUUGAAGCAUUUGAUGUUUCGUUACUGUGAAAAUUUUUUAAGCAGGAAACUUGUCUUUUAUUUCAACGCCUAGCAAUAAGAAAAAUAUGACCCCUACAUUUAUCACUCUAUAGAGGUUUUCGGUUUAUUUCGAAAUAAACUUAGCAAUUACAGCUCUUGAAAAUGUCGUGACUAUUUAAAAGGACUCGGUCGGCACGAGCCUGUGUAUGCAUUUCUCGUACCUUUGCUGUUGGAGACAGUUACAAAGAUACAAAAUCCGGGUAGACGGAGUUUUUGUACCUGUAAGCAAAGAAUUCCCCAAAGGGGGGAGGGGGUCAUACCUUUAUUUGGGGUCAUUUACAGAGACUUUCGCUGUUACAAAAAUAAUCGUAAUUAUCAAUUUGAUAGAGUCUUGAUACUAAGGACCCAAUAGAUCGCCAAUCGCCCCAUAAAGGUAGAGAACUGCAGAGCAACUUUGAAUGGUAGACCUGGGCUACGCUUUGUAAACUGUUGAUACAGAAAGAAGAGGUUCUGUUAGAGGGUAGAGGAAAGUACAUGUGGAAUGUCACGUACCUUUAGUCAACUCUUUUGUUUUCUCUUCUGUUUAUCUCCUGAAUGUUCUACAAUAAAAAGGAGAAAAGCUAAAAAAGGGUUCAAUCUCGUGCUUAUUAGUUGACCAAAAGCAUUUUUAAAGCACAGAUUUCGACCUAAAAAAGAAUGGUAGCUUAGCCAUGGUGCAUACAGAAUUUUUGGCGGAAAAAUCAAGAAGUUUUGGAGGACUUUUCAAGGACCAAAGCAAUUUUUUCAAGGACUUCUUUUCCCUGUAACUUGACAUAGAAUGACAUGAAGUAAAGACCUUUCAAAUUCGUAGGUGGUGUGGGGUUUGCUUAUUGCAAUACCUUCCCCCAGGAAGGCACGGUUCCUAGGGUACCUCAAAUAACGGAAAAUAAACUAUGCCAGGAACAUUGAAAUCACAAGAAAACACACUUUCAUGACAACCAAGAAAAUUUGCGAACUGCUGUGCUUUCAAUCUUUCUUUUGGGCAAAACACUUUUUUUAACAAAGGUUAUUUUAUUCAAGUUGCUUUCAAAAAUAUUCAAGGACUUCUGUCGAAAAUUCAAGGACUUUUCAAGGAUAUCCUACAAUUUUUCAAUUUUCAAGGACUUUUCAAGGCCCGUGCGAAACAUGCUUAGCGUUGCACUUACUGCCUGGCCUCAUCACCAGGGUCUUUUCGUGAGGCAAUAUGGCGGCAGCAGAGAAGAGAAGACCCUCUUGUUUUGGUUUGCCGCCAAUAAAUUGGAAAAACGAGAGAAGACCCUAGGGACGAGGUUGCUUAACAACCGUCUCAUCGUGUCUUUUUAUCCUAUCUUGAUAAUAGCUGAUGGGUUUUACGAAACAAAAAGGUUCUGCGACAAGUUGCGUACCUUCAUCCGACUCAGACUGCUUUUUUUCUUUCCUUUUUCUUUUGGAGUUUCUACUAUGAAUUCAAAAAGCAAUGAAGGAUUUAAUUUUAUGCCAAGUGAAUCAGUUUCUAAGAAUAGCCCACUUCCUUCUCCAGUUCUUUCUCUCUUUUUCUUUUCUUUUGCCCUCGAAAAGGUUCUUCAAUGAAAAGAACAAAGAAUAACUGAUUGAAGCAUCCAAUCACUGGAACAGCUCUUUCACUCUGUGAUUAAUUAUCACUGAAAAAUAACUCCGCAUAAUCUUUAAAAAAUUGAUUAUCCACGUCUACCAAAUUAAGGACAUGACCAUUCCGCCACACCAGUCCACUGCACCGUAUCUGACUCGUCCCCAGUCGUCUCUUAUCAUUUGUAAGCGGUCAUGGAACGGUCGCGGGAGACUUUUACGGCAUCUCGGUGAAGGGGGCGACGGGAAGGAUAGAGGGCAUCUUCCAUCCGCGCGCAUUCUCCAUGCGCAUCCCUCGUUAUAUCUAAUUAGGAGACAAAAGAGACUACUGGGGACGGGUCAAGUACAGUACCGCUAAUGAUCCCUAACGGCAGAUGAUCCCCACACCGCAAAUGAUCCCGUGAAAAGUAGAGAAAUGAAAUAGAUUUUAGGCAUUGAUGGUAAAUGUGCUGAGAACUUAAACAACGCGUGAAACAAUGAAAUGAAUAGAACAAAAAUAACCUGUUUCUUUUUGCAAUUGUUUCUCCUUUCUUUCAAGCAUUUGAUGUUUCGUUACUGUGAAAAUAUUUUUAAGCAGGAAGCUUGUCUUUUAUUUUAACGCCUAGAAAUAUGGAAAUAUGAGCCCUGAAUUUAUCACUCUGUAGAGGUUUUCGCUUUACUUCGAAAUACACUUAGCAACUACAGCUCGUGAAAAUGUCGCGACUAUUUAUAAGGACUUUAUUGCCUAAUUUCAUACCGCGCGGGGACCUGGCUACCGGAUUUUCCCUGACUUUUUAAAAAGUCCAGUUUCAAAAUGGCGGAUAGUCAGAGUAAAAGCUCGAACGAAAGCAUUCUUCUACGAAGAAAUAUUGAUCAAUAUUCCCUCGCAGAAUCUGCCUAGGGUUAGUAAGGAAAGGAUGCAGCAUUUCUGCCAUGCCCUAAAGUUAAACUUAAAGAGCCGACACUCAGCAAGUGCAAGCAACUGUUCGAUGAACAGGUCCGCUCGAACCAAAGAUGAUUACAAAUUUUCUAGAGCAAAGCAUCCUCUGUUUAAUUCUACCCGCAAUUGUAAAUUAGGGGAUCAUUGGCAAGAAAACAGAUGUGAUUGUGUACGUACCGAUCGUAACCUAAACAUGCUCAAACAAAAUUAAAAAGGGCAGUACAGAAGGGCUAGUUGGAUUAUUCCCGUCGCGGAAAAGAGUAAUUUCUGCGUGAAAGGUUCUGAGUAUAGUAAACUUUGUAGCGUUAUGUAUGUUAAACCUAGUGUUCUUAAAUCCCAUGCAGGGAGAAUAAGGGACUAGUCUAUACUCAGUGCAUGCUAGCCAAAAGGUAGAUGUACGUUGACUGUGAUUACAAGGUGAUUGCCCAAAUUGUAAACAUGCUCUUAGACCCAAUAACUUCCAAAAAGAGGCAGCUCAAUAAGUGAGCCCUUGUAAGUCAUUCUUAUUUGACAUUUUAUCACUGAAUUUAUACAUGUCUUGAGUACUGUCUUAAUUACUAGAAUUGCAAUGUCACUGGAAGGUACAGAAUCGCACCCGAAGAGGCCUCCCAAAGAAGCUAUAUACAAUUUAUUCUCCUAAGAAAAAUUACUUGUGUAUCAAUUGGUUGUCUUUUAUACAAUAGGCUGUUAAGUAAGACUUAAGAGGUGCUAAGUUUUACUUAACCAAAAAUGCGCGUGUAAAGGCCUAAGUAAAAUCUCAAGUAACUUCACUUUUCAUCUCAUUAAAGUCGGAAAGUUGAAACGAUUCAAGAAAGUUUCAACCGACUUGAAAACCAUCCUUAUAACCGACUCAGCUGACUUGCGGUUUCUUGAGCUUUGAGAAAAGCGAAACAUGUCGAUCAACCUUAAUUAUGUUGGGUGGAAAAAUAGCCUUAAGUCAACCUGAAGUAAAAAAAGAAUCGGUUGUGUGUGAAGCUUUAUUUUACUUGAGGUAAUUAAAAUUUACUUGUCUUGAAAUAUUUCUUAGCUUAAUGGGCUCUAGUAUAAAGACUAUCAAUAACAUUGCUCAAUGUAAGCCUUGCCGACCUAAUACGAUGUUGCCCUUUCACUCAGGGUCACUUGUACUUGUAUCUGGGGUCAUAGGCGUACGGGCCGGGGGAGCGGGGGCUGCAGCCCCCAAAUUUUGGGCAACUCAGAUUUUUGGGCAGCAAGAAAAAUUUGGGCAAAAUCAGUUUUUUAGACGUUUCCGUGUUUUUUAAAUCAUUAUUUUGAGGAGAUAAAUAUUUUCUAUCUUAACCUGAAGUUGGCGUAAUAAUCCAGUACUGUUACAUUCACACGAGACAGUGGUUGCCUAGCACGUAAGGAGUUUCUGGUUAUAAGGGAAGGGUAUCAUGUGCUGAUUUUUUUUUAUUGUUGGGCACUGUACUGCAGUGGGCUAUUUCCAGUCGUGAAUUGAUAAGAAUAAACUUCCGCCUAACUUUCUAGAAUCAUCUCCGCUCGUAGAACAGUGUAUGGCAGAUAGCAUCAGCAAUGGGUCUGAAAGUGAAGAAGUGGCCGACUAAUUCUCAGUUUGAAUUACGCCAAGAAUCGUAAUUUUUUUAAAAAAAAUCUAUCGAGUGGUUUAAAAAUUAAAUUAUUCACUAAUUUGUUAAAGUAGACCGAAAUGUUUACAAAACCGCUAACACGAGCGCCAUGAUACAUCAUGGUCAGAGCUCCAUGAACUUUUACCCACGUUUUAAAAAGAUUGAAACUACUAUGAGGUGAAAUUGCAUGUCAAAAGCGCUUCGUUUUCUACAGAUUACGGCCAAACAUCAAGAUUUUCCUUUUUUACCGUAUUUCUAACGAUAAAAACUUUGUCGCAAAAUAUCUCCGCAAUGCUCUUACAGAUUCCGUUUUAACUUCACGAACAUCGAGGCGACUAUUGGAGGAAAAUGCUCACGUGAACGAUUUUGGAAGAACAGUUCCCAGUGAGAAAUGUUGCUGCAAGUGUAAUUGGUAAUGGCGUCAUUUGGUUGCUAUGACAUCUCCGAUGUUAUAGCAACCAUGAUCAUAACAAAUUUUCAUCUUUAUCUAUAGCUAAUACAACUGUGGUGGCAAUUUUUCCAAAUGUUUGUUUAUGGUGUCGUAGUCUAUGCUCAACCAAACUUCACAGGUAUUGACCCUGAAAAACUGCAUCGAGCCACUUUCAUAUGCUAGUACGGCCUAUGUUGUUGCAUCGUAUGGCCCUCGUUUCUGUUCGACUGUUUUGUAAAAAUUUGGGCAACUUGCAAGAAUUUUUUGGGCAAAUGGUUUACCGCCCCUCCUGGCCGGGCAAAAAAUUGCCCGUACCCCUAUGUCUGGGGUCGUUUCCACAAAUGUCCAGCGCUGGCCACAAGAUCUCUACUUUCCUUUUUCAUCCUUAGUUCUACACUUGUCUGAGGUGUGGAAGUGUGAAAUAACCCUACUUUCCUUUCUCAUCCCAAGUUCCACACUUCUCAGAUGAGUAGAAGUGUGGAGUAGUCUGACAAAGUAAGGAUAAUGUCACACUUUUCCCCUGGUCACGAAACCUCUGUCAUUCUUUACUUAGUUCCACACUUCUCAGAGGUGUGGAAGUGUGGAAAAGUCUGACAAAAUAAGGAUAAUGUCACACUUUUCCCCUGGUCACGAAACCUCUGUCAUUCUUUACUUAGUUCCACACUUCUCAGAGGUGUGGAAGUGUGGAGUAGUCUGAAAAAGUAAGGAUAAUGUCACACUUUUCCCCUGGUCACGAAACCUCUGUCAUUCUUUACUUAGUUCCACACUUCUCAGAGGUGUGGAAGUGUGGAAUAGUCUGAAAAAGUAAGGAUCAUGUCACACUUUUCCCCUGGUCACGAAACCUCUGUCAUUCUUUACUUAGUUCCACACUUCUCAGAGGUGUGGAAGUGUGGAAUAGUCUGACAAAGUAAGGAUGAAUGUCACACUUUCCCCCCAGUCAUGAACCGCUUGUCAUUCUUUACUUAGUUCCACACUUCUCAGAGGUGUGGAAGUGUGGAAAAGUCUGACAAAGUUAGGAUAA